GUGUCAGUGGGAGAGUGACUCGGACAGAGAGCAGUCUAUUUUAGUGAGCCAUUCACACGGGGGUCAGAAACUAUAAAUCUGAAUGGUUUUUUCCCUAUCCUCUCUCAGCUACUCUCCCACCCUACAGUCCCUCACUCUCUCGUUCAGCCUUUUCUACACCUUAAAGGGCUAAGACAAGAAGGCAAACAUGGCGGAUGCACCGAAACCAAAAGAAAAGUCCAAGAUCUCCUCAGCCCGACGAUUGGGGUUGAAGAUCAGAUUGCUGACUGUAGCUGGCCAGAUGCUAGAGGUUGAGACAGAGGAGAAGAAGAGAGAAAGAGAAGAAGCUCUGGCAGAGAGAGUCCCUCCUCUCAAACUUUCUGGCUUGUCUGUUGAUGAGCUCAUGGAUUUGUGCAAAGAUCUGUACCAUAAGAUCGACGUGGUAGAUGAGGAGCGAUACGACGUGGCACUCAAAGUUAUGAAAAAUGACAAGGAGAGCCAUGAGUUGGGGCUGAAGAUCAUUGAGCUGCAGAGCAAGUUCAAGAAGCCAACCCUGAAGAAGGUGAAGAUCUCAGCUGAGAUGAUGCUCAGUGUUCUGCUGGGCUCCAAGCACAAGGAGACAAUCGACUUCAAGUCCAACCUCAAGACAGUCAAGAAAGCAGAGGAAAAGAAAGAGGAGGUCACCGACUGGCGUCAAAACGUGGACGCCAUGUCAGGCAUGGAGGGCAGAAAGAAGAUGUUUGAUGCUUGAUAAGAUUAGUGAUGAUUAUCAAGGACAACAGAAAAGGAGAGGACAACUGAAGGUAUCAAGAAUAACUGUAAGAGACAACUGAAUGAACACAUGGAGAAGAAAGAAAAAGUUAAUAAAUAUAUUUGUUCCUUUUUGUACGUGAAAUCAACUUUUUAAUUUAAAUGACAAUAUGAGAAUGUUGAAGCAAAUACAAAUAGUUUAUGUACAAUAAACGUAAUAUACGUUUUUAUUAAGUGUUAUUCCAAUAUAUUUUGUGUUUGAGCAAAUGCAUUUCUUUAUUUGCAACGCCUGUAUGCAGAAGUUACCAAUAAAAAAAAUGUUUGAGUA